GAGCAGGUAGCGUUUUAGUUAACCAAAAAAUUCUUUAAAUAAUGUCGGCCAAACCCAUUCUGUACUACGCCCCCCGCAGUCCACCCUGUCGUGCUGUUCUGCUGACGGCCGCUGCCUUGGGUCUGGAGUUGGACUUACGUGCUGUCAACGUUAAGGCCGGAGAGCACAAGUCCGAUGAGUUCCUCAAGCUGAAUGCCCAGCAUACGAUCCCCGUGCUCGAUGAUAAUGGCACUGUCGUGAGCGAUUCUCACAUUAUCAUCAGCUAUUUGGCGGAUAAGUAUGCCCCGGAGGGCAAUGACUCCCUGUAUCCGCGGGAUCCGGAGAAGCGCCGGCUGGUUGAUGCCCGUUUGUACUACGACUGUGGACAUCUCUUCCCACGCAUCCGAUUCAUCGUGGAGCCUGUGAUCUACUUCGGAGUGGGAGAGGUUCCCGCCGACCGAGUGGCUUACCUGCAAAAGGCCUACGAUGGAUUGGAGCACUGCCUGGCUGGAGGAGAUUACUUGGCGGGCGACCAACUGACCAUCGCCGAUCUCAGCUGCAUCGCAUCGGUGUCCACUGCGGAGGCCUUCGCUCCCAUCGAGGCGGACCAAUUCCCCCGCCUGGUGCAGUGGGUCAAGCGACUGCAGGCUCUUCCCUACUACCAGAAGAACAACCAGGAGGGUCUGGACUUGCUGGUGGGCCUGGUAAAGGGUCUGAUCAACGAGCGUCAGCAAAAGUAAUCCCAGUCACUCAGAGAUUUUUUAAAUUUUUCUU